AGAGAGGGGAUCGGGAACACAUUGGGAAUAAGGAAGAGAACGGGAUGGGAAGAAAAGAGAAAAGAGAGAGACACUCACGCCUCUAACUGCCCCCUUUUUCCUCCACUGCUGCUCUCACUCGCUCUUCCUUCUCAUUCCCUCUCUUAGUCUCGCACCAGCACACACACACCCUCUCGCUCUCUCUGUCUCUCAAUCCUGUGAACUUUUUUCACUGUCUCGCUGUUUUUUAAGGAUUUUGAGAGCGAGAAAGAAGCAUUCGGAUGGUUGAGAUGCAGGAGCUCCACAGAUCAGCAGAGAGAUAGGAGCCUCACCCUGCCUGGAAAGUAUCAGGGAGUAGAAGAGAGAAUAAGCUAGAGGAAGACCGCAUCAAACUUUUUGCAAGAAAUAUUGGACAUUGUUGUUGGAGGUGUAACCAUGGUGCCACUAAGACUGACACUGAUUUUUAAGUUCACUUUAAUGUUCGGGAUUCUGUACAGGUCUGAUUGUAUCAGUUGGUCAGUCCAGGCACAGGGACUGCGUCAAGCAGUCCAAACCCGGGGAAACCUCUCGAAGAGCGCGGAAAGUAAAGUGGCACGCCUGGGCCAGGUCUUCAGACAGAACGUGCGUCGUCUUCGGGAGUGCGGUGGUCAUCUGGAUCUGGUCUUUCUUGUGGACGAGUCUUCCAGUGUGGGAGCUUCUAACUUUGGGAGCGAGCUGCGAUUCGUACGGAAGAUGCUGUCAGAUUUUCCGGUGGCUCCAGAAGCAACACGUGUGGCCCUCGUGACAUUCAGUUCCAAGAACCAUGUGGUUACAAGAGUGGACUAUGUGUCUGCACCCAAAGCCCACCAGCACAAGUGCUCUCUUUUUAGCAAAGAGAUCCCCUCCAUCACCUACAGAGGAGGAGGCACCUACACCAGGGGAGCAUUCCAGCUUGCAGCGCAAAUCUUACGGUACUCACGGGAGAACGCGACGAAGGUGAUCUUUCUCAUUACUGACGGCUAUUCUAAUGGUGGAGACCCGCGACCGGUGGCAGCUGCGCUGCGGGAGAAAGGCGUGGAGAUCUUCACGCUUGGAAUCUGGCAGGGGAACAUCCGCGAGCUCCACGAUAUGGCCUCACACCCUAAAGAUCAGCACUGCUACUUGGUGCACAACUUUGCAGAGUUCGAAGCCCUAGCUCGACGUGCCCUUCAUGAAGAUCUGCCUACUGGAAGUUAUAUUCAGGAGGACCUGUCCCAGUGUUCAUCCUUGUGUGAGGAGGGAAAAAACUGUUGUGACAUAAUGGCCAGCUGUAAAUGUGGUACACACACGGGGCAGUAUGACUGUGUGUGCGAGAGAGGAUACUACGGAAAAGGGCUCCAACAUGAGUGCACAGCAUGUCCAUCUGGCACAUAUAAACCUGAAGCAGUUUCUGGAGGUGUGGGUACCUGCUUACCCUGCCCAGACCUUCAUCACACAUCCAGACCUGGAAGUACAGACAUAUCAGACUGUGUGUGUACAGAGGGCUACAGACCACACAAGAACACAUGCCAAGUGGUGGUUUGUCCUGUUCUCACUCCCCCAGAGAAGGGUUUCUUUAUCCAGAAUGUGUGUAAUAAUCUGUUUAAUUCUGCUUGCGGGGUUCACUGUCUGCCAGGCUUUGACCUGCACGGAGACAAAAUCAGACUUUGUCAGCCAGAUGGGACUUGGUCAGGAGUUCAGUCAAGCUGUAGAGCUCGCUCCUGCCCAGCUCUCACUCCUCCACAUCACGGGCAGCUGAACUGCAGUGAACGGGAUACCCCCUACAGGCUGGAGUGUUCGGUGCGAUGUGAGCCGGGUUACAGACUGCAGGGAAAAUCCAAACUCACCUGCCUGGCAAACUCCCAGUGGAGUGGACCACAGCCCCGUUGUGUUGAGGUACACUGUCCUCCACUUGUUACCCUGAAGCACAUCCACGUGUCGCCCCCUGACUGCGGGGAGGAUGAGGUCAGAUCCAGUGCAUCAUGUCAGUUAACCUGUCCCCGUGGUUACCGCCUCCUUGGUGACCCUGUAGUCACAUGCCUGUCCUCUGGAAGCUGGAGUGAUAAUGCACAUAAGGCAACUUGCGCAGAUGUAGAGCCUCCAUGGAUUCAGUGCCCUGGUGAUGUCAUCACAGAGACAGAUGAACAUCAGAGGUCAGCCAACAUCAGUUUGAGUGCACCUGUACUGGGGGACAAUUCUGGAGAUGAGGUUGUGGUGCAGGUGACCCCUGUUCUAAACCCUAUGCAGCCUUUCCCGAUAGGGACUGAGUUGAUCACAUACACAGCGACUGACCGCACAAGGAACAAGGCAAACUGCUCCUUCACUGUUACUGUAGUUGAUACGGAACCUCCUUUGAUUGAUAGGUGUCGGUCUCCGCCCACUGUUAAGGCCUCAGGGACAAAAACUGCAGUGUACUGGGAGGAGCCUCAGUUUUCUGACAACUCGGGAGCCCAUCUGAAUAUCUCCAGCACUCACUCUUCUGGUUUUGCUUUUCCUGUUGGAGAAACGUCAGUGUACUACACAGCCACAGACCCUUCCGGCAACAAUCGCACAUGUGAGCUCAUCAUUACUGUACACGGUUCAACUUGUGAGAAGCCUUUCGUGCCAGUGAAUGCAGAUUUCUCUUGUGCCAAGACGAAGGAGGGUGUGAACUGUACUCUGAUCUGCAGACAAGGUUACAGUCUUGCCCAGGAUGCUGUGCACAGCUACUUCUGUGCCAAUAAUGGAAUUUGGGAGCCGCCCCGUUCUCCAGACAGACCGGAUUGCUCCUUGAACAGGGUUGCAAACAAUGGCUUUAAGCCUUUUGAGAUGUUGUUUAAAGCAUCACGCUGUGAUGAUCUCAACCUGCUGAAGUCCUUCACAGGGGAGUUCUCCACUGUUCUCAAAGAUACGGUCCCUAACAUCUGCGGUGGAGAUGAUGUCACCUGUAAAUUGGAAAUGAUGUCACCUGGACAGUGUCUGGAGUACAACUAUGACUAUCCAAAUGGAUUUGCAAUUGGUGUUGGGGGAUGGGGAGGUAACUGGGGCUCUCAAAACGGUCAAGACUAUGCUUAUUUUGACACUGGCUUUGCUCCAGAGCACCCCUUGCAGCAAGAUGGUUCAUCACAGCGUAACUACCACAUGAGGACCAAGCGGCAUCGCAAAAACGCAGGACCCACAAGAGAUCAAAAGAUACAAAUCCAUUUCAACAUCACAGCAAGCAUCCCACUGCCCCCGUCGAGGAACGAUUCGGCUGAGAUAGUCAGUCAGAAGCGUUUGCUGAGGGCCCUCGAGCAACUGACCAAUCGGCUUAAGCGGACGCUGACCAAGCAACCGUUCACCAGCUUCCACGUGUCGUCAGAGAUGAUUGUAGCCGACCCCAAGUCUCUGGAAAGUAAAAGGGCUACGCUGUACUGCCGGCCAGGGUCUGUUCUGAAAGGCAGGGUGUGUGUUCAAUGCCCAGUAGGGACUUAUUUCUCCCUGGAGUAUGCAGAGUGUGAGAGCUGCUGGAGGGGGUCAUAUCAGGAUGAGGAGGGCCAGAUGGAAUGUAAAUUAUGCCCGGAUGGCUUCUCCACUCCAUAUCUCCAUUCACGCAGCCUGGACGAGUGUAAAGCGCAGUGCCAGCCCGGCAGCUCAUCACGGAGCGGGCUGGAGACCUGUGAAUCCUGUCCGUUAGGAGAGUACCAGCCGGGUUUUGGCUCUCAGGCCUGUCUGUCGUGCCCACCUACCACCACUACUGUCAACAGGGGGGCUUUGGACACCAACGAGUGCGGUGUACCAUGUUCUGCGGGUCACUUCUCUCGUACGGGUUUGGUUCCGUGUUACCCAUGUCCCAGGGAUUACUACCAGCCUGAUGAGGGCCGGUCCUACUGCCUCUCCUGCCCAUUUUACGGCACCACCACCGUAACCGGAGCCAGGGCUAUUCAACAGUGCUCUACCUUUGGCUCCAGUUUCUUGCCCAAAGAAGAAAGUGCAACUACGGCGCCAGAAGUGGUUGUGAGAAAUGAUUUUCAAGCUAGUAGCCAGAUGUUCCACGAAUGCCUUCUGACUCCUUGUCAAAAUCAAGGCACUUGUGAAGAAGUCGGGGUCGGAUAUGUAUGCACCUGUCAUCCUGGAUUCACAGGAGCCAAGUGUGAGAGUGACAUUGAUGAAUGUGAUUCAACUCCCUGUCAGAAUGGGGGCUUGUGCAGAGAUGGCAUGGGAGAUUUCCAGUGUCAGUGUCAGCCUGGGUUUGUAGGUUUGCUGUGUGAGGCCGAGGUGAACGAGUGCAGCUCAUCUCCGUGUUUGAAUGAAGGCCUCUGUGUGGAUGAGGUCAAUCACUUUACAUGUAGCUGUCCGGAUGGUUUCACAGGUCCACAUUGUGAGUUGGAAAUAAAUGAGUGUGCUUCCAACCCAUGUCAGAACGAAGGACUAUGUAAAGAUCUGGAGGGUGGGUUCGUCUGCUCCUGCCCUCACGGCUUUUCUGGUGACAGCUGUGAGGUUGAUGUUGAUGAUUGCUACAGCGCCCCCUGUCUGAAUGGAGGAACAUGUGUGGAUGCUGUCAAUGAUUUCAGGUGUGAGUGUGUCAGCGGAUACAGUGGCAGGCUUUGCCAGGUGGAUUUAGAUGACUGCGAACCAAAUUUGUGUCUGAAUGGUGCAACCUGUGUGGAUGGGAUGGCAACUUUUACCUGCAGAUGCCCUCCUGGGUUCAACGGAACCAGGUGUGAGACAGAAAUGCCCUCCUCCUUUGAUCUGGAGUUUGAAGUAUCUGGUAUCCAUGGUUACGUGAUGAUGGACGGUCACAUGCCGCCACUUACACAGGUUACGUGUACAUUCUGGAUGAAGUCAUCAGAAACCGUCAACUACGGAACUCCCAUCUCUUACGCUGUUGAAGGAAGUGACAACGCCUUUCUUCUUAUUGACUAUAAUGGAUGGGUGCUGUAUGUGAACGGUAAAGAACGGAUCACUGAUUGUCCAGCAGUGAAUGAUGGCCUCUGGCACCAUAUUGGUGUAUCAUGGCGCAGCAAGGAUGGAGAUUGGAGAGUUUAUAUCGACGGAAGCCCCUCAGAUGGAGGGAAAGGACUUUCCAAUGGCACUACCAUACCAGGAGGGGGAGCUCUAGUACUAGGACAGGAUCAGGACCAGAGGGGAGAUGGCUUUAACCCUGUGGAAUCUUUUGUGGGAACUCUUAGCCAGCUCAAUAUAUGGAACUAUGUUUUAACACCACAGCAGAUCAGGUCUCUUGCUAGCAGCUGUCCCCGUGACCUGCAGAAAGGGAAUGUUUUUGCCUGGCCUGACUUUUUGGGAGGCGUCACAGGCAGGGUGAAAACCAGCAGCAAAAGCAUUUUCUGUUCUGAGUGCCCUCUGCUGGAGGCUUUUGUACCGAAACUGCGCUCAUCCAGUACAGCUGUGAGUCCAGGCUCGAAGGUGCAGUUCUCUUGCAGUCCCGAGUUUUAUCUUGUGGGAGAGCCAGUGCAGCAGUGUUUAAACAGAGGCCAGUGGAGCCACGCAGAGCCAAUAUGUGAACGUGUGGAAUGUGGUCCGCCCCCUGACCUGGAGCAUGGGCAGUAUCAUGGAGAGGAUUUCUAUGCUGGGGGCUCAGUGCUUUAUCAAUGUAAACCAGGGUUCUAUCUGCUAGGCGAGAGUAAGAUGCUUUGUGCCAACAAUGGAAAAUGGGCUGGCAACCCACCUGCAUGUCUGGAUGUGGAUGAAUGUGCUCUGGGGUCUGAAUGUGAUGAACAUGCUAGCUGUCAGAACACAGAUGGAUCUCAUAUAUGCACCUGCAUACCUCCUUACAGUGGAGAUGGAAGAAACUGCACAGAGCCAGUAAAAUGUGAAGAUCCAGGUGUUCCCGAAUUUGGGCAUCGUGAAGGCAAUAACUUCAUCAUGGACAGUGAGGUGGUGUUUUCCUGUAAGGAAGGCUUUGAGCUGAUUGGCUCGUCUCAUCUUUACUGCUCUGAGGAAAGAAUUUGGAAGGGAGCCCUCCCGUACUGCAAAGCCCUUUCUUGUGCUCAUCCAACUCUCCCUAAGUAUGGAAUCCUGCAUGGGACAAACUUCACAUACGGAAGCAAGGUGACUUUCAGUUGUGAGAAGGGUUAUACUCCCCAGGAGACAACAGAAAGCCAGUGUCAGUCAAAUUUGAAAUGGAGUAGAGAGGCCCCUGUAUGUCAGCCUAUAACCUGUGGUGAACCCCCAGUGGUGGAGUAUGCCAAGUAUACACUCAAUGGAAAAGUCUACCUCUCCACUCUAACAUACACUUGCAUCGAGGGAUACAGAUUGCAGGGUUCUGUGGAGUUGAAAUGUGAGGCAUCAGGAGAAUGGACCUCUCCUCCCCCUAUCUGUGCCAGAGUGGACUGUGGUAAACCUAUUCCUUUGAGGGAUGCUGUGAUUAAGGGGGACAACUAUACACUGGGUAGCCAGGUCUACUAUAUUUGCAAAGAGGGUUACACCUUGCUUGGAGCAGAAAGUCAGGAAUGCCUCCCAAGUGGUAACUGGACUCGUGAAUCUGCCCAGUGUGUACCUCGGUCUUGUGGACCACCACCACCGGUUGACCACGCCCUACCUGAUACUGGACACCAACUGUUUGGCGACACAGCUAUCUACUUCUGUGAUGAUGGAUACACAGCUGGUAACAAUACAAAACUUUUCUGCAAUGCGCAAGGUGUGUGGGCACCCCCAGAUGGCUUUGGUAUUCCUCACUGUAUUGCCAACUUCUGCCAGCGUCCUCCUGAUUUACCUCAUACCAUUCUGGACUCCAUCAACAAACCAAAGUAUGCAAGCAACACAGUGGUUAGCUACAAGUGUGAGGAGGGCUUUGUUCUAAACACAACAGGAACACUAAAGUGCUUGAUCGGGGGAGAGUGGACACCCUCACCUUUGGACAUCGGAUGUAUGCCUGUAAGAUGCUCAAAGCCAGACAGUAUUGAGAAGGGCUAUGUAAGCGGAACCAAUUAUAGUUUUGGAGCUGUGGUCGCAUACAGCUGUGAUAAAGGCUAUUUUAUACGAGGAGAGAAGAGAAGAAUUUGUAAAGCCAACGGCGAAUGGGGUGGCGUCCUGCCCACUUGCCAACCUGUUUCCUGCCCCACCCCACCUCGCUUGGCAAAUGGUUUCAUCCAGGGACAAUUACGAAAGAGCAACUUUGUGUAUAGCAGUAGGGUGACCUAUGCUUGCAAUGAUGGCUAUCGCCUUACUGGAAAGCCUGAACGUAUAUGCAUGGCCAACAAGCAGUGGUCAAACAGCAACCCUCCUGUUUGUGUCCUCCUCACCUGCCCUACCCCACCUGACAUCAAAAAUGGUGUCUAUCAUGGAUCCACCUUUGAGGUAGGAAGUAAGGUGGAAUUUGUCUGCAACGAGGGAUAUGAACUUAUUGGUGAUUCUACAUGGACCUGUUUAAAGUUCGGAAAGUGGGACAAGAGCACGACUCCACAUUGCUCCCCGGUAAAGUGCCCUGAACCACCUUUGGAGGAGAACCAUCUGGUACUGCGUGGACUAGAUUCUGACUCGGGCACUGUGGAGCUUUCUUGUGAGGAGGGAUAUGUUCUUCACGGUGCACAAACUCUUCGUUGUAUGCCGUCUCAGGAGUGGAACGACUCUUUCCCUGUCUGCAAACAAGUGUUCUGUGGACCUCCCCCUGAGGUUUCCUUUGGUGACCCAUCUAAUGCAUUGUCCUACUUUGGCAGUGUGGUGACUUACUCUUGCAUGAAUGGAUUUACUCUACGUAUGGAAGCUUCUGUUCGCUGCCAGGCAGAUGGAAACUGGAGCAAACCUUAUCCUCAAUGCAUUCCUGUAGAAUGUCCACAUCCUGAGGAGAUACCAAAUGGCAUUGUUGAUGUUCAAGGACUUAUGUACCUUAGUACUGCCAUCUAUAGCUGUAAGGCAGGCUAUGAAUUGGUAGGCAACAGCACUGUACUUUGCGGUCAGAGUGGAUUGUGGAAAGGAAGUUUACCUGUUUGUCACCCUGUUAAGUGUCCUGCACCCAAAGAAAUUCCCAAUGGCUCUGUUGGGUACUCGAAGCUCCAGUUUAGCCAGUCCGUUACAUAUUCCUGCCAAAGAGGAUACCGUUUACAAGGCCCAGAAACACUCACCUGUCUGGAGAAUGGACAGUGGGACCAAGAGGCUCCUUCGUGUGUGCAGAUAUACUGUCCUCCCCCCAAACCUAUUAAAAAUGGCUUCGUUGAAGGUCAGGAGAGUAAGUUUGGGGUCACCAUAUUUUACAGCUGCUUUCCAGGUUUCCUUCUAGUUGGUAACAAUCAUCUCACUUGUGAAGAACAUGGCUGGUCAAGCUCUGAGCCCAUCUGUGCUCCUGCUGACUGUGGCCUACCUCCGCAUAUUGAUUUUGGUGACUAUAUAAAGCUCCGAGGCUCACCAAUAGAAGACAGCACACAAUCAGCAGUAGAUAGUAGCUUUUUACACGGAUCCAUGGUUCAAUAUCAUUGCCAUUCUGGUUAUGAAGUAAUAAUUGGUGUGGUCAUGUUGAUGUGCCAAGAAGAUGGCACAUGGAAUGGAACAGCCCCUACGUGUGCGCCUGCACAAUGUGAGACUCCACCUAACCCUGAACACGGAUCUGUCAUGGUAACACAUAGUGAACUUGGCAGCCUUGUGGAGUACAGUUGUGAAGAGGGUUACGAACUCAAUGGACAGACUGUCCGACAGUGCAUUUCUGGGAGUCAGUGGAGUGACGAAGCUCCCCGUUGUGUGCCAAUCUCAUGUGGUAAUCCUGGGGGCAUUGCAAACGGUGAGGUGAUUGGAAAUUCCUUUCACUUCAAAGCAACUAUUCAAUAUGAGUGCCAUGAUGGGUUUUCCCUACAGGGUGUUGAAACUAGAACUUGCCAGGUUGAUGGGAAAUGGGACAGCAAAGCACCAUGGUGUAAAGUGGUUUCCUGUGGGCGCCCCAUUGUGUCAAAGGAUGUUUUAGUGAGAGGAGAUGGCUAUACAUUUGGAAAAAGGUUAUUGUUCAGCUGCAAUCUUGGUUUCAUCCUACAGGGAGCACCAACCAGUGUUUGUUUGGCCAACAGCAGCUGGAGUGACACUCCUCCGAAGUGCCUUCAAGCCAACUGUGGUCAACCACCAGUAAUUGAAAAUGGCAGAGUAACAGGCACGGAUUAUAGUUACAACAGUAUGAUUAGAUAUCAGUGUGAUGUCGGUUACGUCUUGACAGGAAAUCCUUUUUUAAUAUGCAGAGGCGAUGGACUGUGGGAUGAUCCUCCUCCGCGGUGUGACAUAGUCACGUGUGACCCACCUGAGGACAUUAGCCAUGGUUACCUGAAUGGAUCGAGCUUUAAUUUCGACGAAGUUGUGGAGUAUAUCUGCUUCCCAGGCUAUGAGAUAGUUGGCAGUCCAGUUUUAAGAUGUGCUGCCGAGAGUGUCUGGCUCGGGGAAGUUCCAGAAUGCAGACCGUGUGUGUGUAGUCCCCCAGUGCUGAGGUACGGCACCGUUCUUGGUCGAGACCACACCUGUGGUGCAAGUGUCUGGUUCAGAUGUGAUGAAGGUUACAAAACACUUGGCCCUACGGAGGCCAUAUGCGACAAGGGUGGAGUGUGGAGUCCAGGAGUACCUAUCUGUACGCGAGGAAGAUGUUCCAGCCCUCCCCCAGCUGUGCCUAAUGCUGUCAUUCAAGGUAGUGCUGGUUACUCCAUUGACACGGUCACCUACCGCUGUAGGCCGGGCUAUCAUUUGAAAGGUUUUCCCCAUCUUUCCUGUGGAAGGUUGGGCAGGUGGGAAGAGCCCAAUCUGAACUGUGAACCUGGUUCAUGUGGAAUGCCUCCUUUGAUCCCAAAUGCAGAGACUGUUGGAAUGGUGUUAACUUAUGGAAGCAAAGCUCAGUACAGGUGUAAAGAGGGCUUUGAGUUAGUAACAAAGACAGAUUCUCUUACCUGUCAAAGUGAUGGCACCUGGUCCAAACACAGUGUCAGGUGUCGACCUUCACCCUGCCGCCUGCCUGCUAACCUCACCCAUGUAGUUGUCACAGGAAAGCAGCUCACACCUGUAGGGGGCACAGUAACAAUCUCCUGCAGACCAGGGUACUACCUUGAGGGACCUGCAGUAUCUGAAUGUACAGGCUCUGACAAAUGGUCCCCACCUUUCUCUUCAAGGUCUUGUGUGCCUGUCAUUUGCGAAAAUCCCAUCUCUAUUCUCAAUGGCUUGCUUGAGGGGAAGAACUACAAUUACGGAGAUAUCAUUAGUUAUUCUUGCCUGAAAGGAUUUGAACUGCAGGGCGAUUCUGUUCAGAUCUGUCAGGGUGAUGGAACAUGGAGUGGAAUUCAGCCAUUUUGUGCUGCUGUGUCAUGUGGUCCUCCACUAGUUGUGGAAAAUGCAGUUGCUGUGUCCAAUGGUGAGACCUAUCAAAGUACUGUCAGCUACACGUGUCUCUCAGGACUGAGUUUGGUUGGAUCACACAACAUUACUUGUCAGGCCAAUGGAACUUGGAGUUUGCCAACACCAGCAUGUGAAGUCCCAGGGGGCUGCCAGAAGGUAAAAGACUUUUUGAAUGGAAAGGUGCAGGAACACAAUCUGACCAGCGGGCAUGCCCUCGAGUUCCACUGUGACAAAGGCUAUAAGCUGCAGGGAGAGUCUCUGGUCAUGUGUAUGGGAAACGGCUCCUGGAGUUCACCCUUACCUCGCUGUAUACCCAAAUCAUGUCCCCCUCCUCCUGCUUGGACUGGAGUCAACAGCAACACUACACAGACGGCUUUCCUGGUCGGUCACUCACUUGCAGUCAAUUGUCCGAAAGGUCAGCGGGUUAAAGGUAACCAGGCAAAAGUUACCACCACCUUAACUUGCAGAAAUGAUCAGACCUGGACCACCAUCAAUGCAGUGUGUGAGCGGGUGUCCUGCGGCCCACCUCUGUACGUGGCAAAUGGGGUGGUCCGUGGGGCGGUGUUCCAGUUUGGAGAUGUGGUGGUGUAUUCAUGUUACCCAGGCUACACCAUGGAGGGUUCUAGCAGAAGUGUGUGCUUGGAGAAUGGCACAUGGACCCCACCCCCUACCUGCAAAGCUGUAUGUUGGGUCCAAUGUCAGAAUGGAGGUGUGUGCCAAAGACCAAACACAUGCUCCUGUCCAGAAGGAUGGAUGGGCAGAUUUUGCGAGGAGCCAAUCUGCAUCCUGCCAUGUCUCAAUGGAGGACGGUGUGUAGCUCCAUAUCACUGUGAGUGCCCAACAGGCUGGACGGGCACGCGCUGCCACAGUGCCGUAUGUUCCAAGCCCUGUUUGAAUGGAGGCAGGUGUAUCCGUCCCAACAGGUGUCAGUGCAGUCAAGGAUGGGGAGGAUAUGACUGCUCAAGGAAAAGAAAAUCUGCAUACUUUAAUUUGUAAUGUGCCAUGCUACAUGAGCUUAAGUCUGACCAGGUUGGAAGUCUUCAUGUGGAAGAAGUGUCAACUUGUAGAGUAGUAUUGAAGUGUAUUGUCUGUUUUCCUCUGAAAGUGGUUUUGUAAAUUAAAGCUGUAUUUUUUCAUGUAGAAAAUAAACAGUAUUAAAUAUAUGCUGCUGCUAUAUACAUGAACCUGUACUUUGUGUAAAAAUGUUGAUGUGAUUGUCCAGUGUAUAUGUAUAUAAACUAUUCUUUUCAUGUUUUUAUUAAAACAGAAAAUACAGUUAUAUGGAAACUAACUGUAACUCACUUUGUUAAGUAUGGAAACUUAUAAAUAAACUUUGUUUAUUUAACCUGCCUCAUUCAUAUGACUCGGAAACUUUUGACCAAGACAUCAUUCGUUUUAAUACACUCAGCACAAGAUGAGCAACACAAGCUUUUGAUGUCUUUUUGUUUUAAUUGCAUGCAAAGCUAACA